AUGGCGCUCUCUGACUUCUUUUCCUCGCUUCUCCCUACGACGUACGCCGAGGAGGCACCUGAGAAGGCUCAAGAGGAGCCCAAGGACGAGCAGGCAGAGGAGCCUCAGGAGGAGGCUGCCGAGGAAGAGGAGGAGGAGCCCGAGGACCCUACUCCCGCUCUCCGCGAGGAGUGCCAGGACUCCGCCGAGUGCAAGAGCCACACGCACCACUUCCUCGCCUGCCAGGAGAAGGUCACCUCUGGCCAGGGCUUCAAGGGCGAGGACUGUGUUGAGGAGCUGUGUACGUCUGUGUCAUUGCUCUCCGAUAAUCAUGUACUGACGGGUACGCGUGACCCUUGCCUCCCUUGUCCUGUACCGAUGUUCAGUCCACAUGAUGCACUGCGCAGACAACUGCUUGGCACCAAAACUCUUCUCCAAGCUUCGCUGAGCCGUCCCUGCACGGCUUCUGGCAGUCUCGGAGUGCGGACGGAUAAUAUGCCGACGACGGCGGACAUCCCUGUCGCGCCUUAUAGCUCAAUGCUCUUGUCCAAAGCCAUCUCCAUUUACAUGUCGCGCACCACCCAGAACAACCGCGCGCAGUCGGACGCCUUUGCGCGCUUCAACGACUGGGACACCGAUCUCAGCUCGCCCGGUUCCCGCACACCCACCGACGCCGGUCCCAAGGUAACUGGCACCGUGAAACCGAAUGGAGCUACGUAUCGCUCGUCCAACAUCGCGGACCCGGUUGAUACUUCCCGGGCUCAGCGCCAGGCUCCAUCCGGAGGUGUGAUAGCCAGUGGCGGAGGUGAUGAACUGCGCACCUCGGGCUCCGACCGCAGAGGCGGUGCGAAUUCGGGCGUUGAAGACAGAGGUUCUUCGCAUGCAGAAAGUAGCUGGGGCGUAGGGCGGUCGCAUGCGACCGGCGCGUCAAUGGUGCCAGAAGGUCUUCAGAAGAUGCUUCCCGAGUCCGUCGAGCGUGCGGUGCCAGACUCCAUCCAUGAUACUAGUGCCAAGGCGUCCAGGAAGUAA